CCACGUUGGUUUGGUUCCCAGGCCGGGGUAGGCCGGUAUUAUUUCCAGACCGGGUUGCCGUUCCCGGUCCAAACGCCGCGUCGGUGUCGGUGGGUCGACCACGAUUCCUUUUCCACUCAUCCCCAAUCAGCCCUGUCCCGUUUCCAUGGGGCCGGGCGGCGAGGAGACCGCCGCCAAGCGCGCGAAUCCCUCCCCCGCCGGCGAGGACCGCCUCAGCGCGCUCCCCGACGAUGUCCUCGUCCUCAUCCUCCUCCGCCUCCGCACUCCCGAGGCAGUCUGGACCAGCGUCCUCUCCCGCCGCUGGCGCAGCGUCUGGGGGCUCCUCUCGGAGCUCCGCUUCUCCUACCCGGAGCCCCACGGCCUCCGCGACGCCCUCGCCGCCUCCGCGGUGCCCCUCCGCUGCCUCCUCGUCGGGGGGCUGCGGGGCGCCCCGGCCGAAUCCAUAGCGACCUGGCUCCCCGCCGCCGCGCGCCGCCUCUCCGGCGAUCUCAUCCUCCUCGACAAGGGUCCGGAGAGAUAUGCCAGCGGCGGUGGCGGCGGAGGGGAGUCCGAGGAGAGAGGCGCCCUUGAGCUGCCCUGCUUCGAGAAGGCCACCUCCAUCUCGCUCGACCUAGGGUGCCUCGGCCUCUCCGCACCGCCCGCCGGGGUCUUCGCCCGGCUCACCGAGCUCUCCCUGAGCGGUGUCCGGUUCCAUGGACCGUACGAGCUCGGCGGCGCCGUCUCUUCACCGCGGUGCCCGUGCCUGCAGAAGCUCACACUACAGGACGUUCAGGGGCUGGACAAUCUCGCCAUCAGUUCCGACUCUCUCAAGCUGGUGGCGCUUAAGCACCUGCGUGGCUUGUGGAAGCUCGCCGUCGUGGCGCCGUUGGUCAAAGAGUUAAGCGUGGUGAGGUGCUUCUUUUGUGAUCGGACUCGACAACCGGUCGCAAAUAUCUCGGUUCCUCAGCUGGAAUUGCUCACCUGGGUGGAUGCAUAUGAUCCAAGCUCCAUGCAUCUUGGCAAGAUGGAGAAUCUCAAAUGGCUGAGCACCAUUUUUUUGGUAUAUGGACGAGAGGGCCUUGCACAAAAUCGUGCGUGUCUGAUGUUCGUGUCGCGUGUUAAGGUCAUCAAACAUCUUACUCUCAUACUGGCCUAUCUGCAGAUAAAUAGCUACCAAUACUUGAUGGAAGACAUGACAAUACUCCCUGACACUAUGUCUUUGCACCUGAUUCUUUAUGCGGGAAGGCAUUCCUUUGGGGCCUGCUCAUUCCAUAUUCUCAGGAUGUGUCCUGGUAUAAAACGGCUGAUAAUGGAGUUCUGUGAUUAUUUCAUCGGGAAGACACAAGCUGAAUGCCCACAGGGCUGCAUUUGUGGUCAGCCAUCAAACUGGAAAACUGAGGAGCUCAAGUUGAAUUGUCUCUGUGAAGUGGAAAUCCGACAGUUCAGAGGGUCAGAUCAUGAACUUGUUUUUUUGAAGCGACUAUUCACUUCGGCAACAGGCCUAAAAAGGAUAGCAGUAGCUUUCAAUGAUUCAGUUGCUGAAAGCACGACCAAGGAGUUGUGCAAGAUGUUGCGAACCUUCUCCAGGCCAGAAAUAUGCAUGGACUUUUAUGUGUAUCAGAACAAGGUUAAGGUGUUGUAUGCAUCUGAAGACUAAGGCGCUACUUCAAGCGCUAGGCAUAUUUUCUUUUUUCAGUUUUCUGUAUGGCAUGUACUCGGAUCCUUAUAAAACUGUUAAGAUCCAUCAUUCUAUGUUUUCAAUUGCUUUAUGUUUGGUUCUUAAUGAUGAAGGUUUAAGCAUUCUUUUCACGA